AACUGCUUCAGCUUUGAGGCACACAAGAGGUCUGCGAUGAAAGGAGCUAAAGCAGGCCUCCAUAAUGGCAACAACCGUGUCAAAGACAUGCUGCCCACCCCAGAAGAGAAGAUGGAGGAGCGAGGUCAGUGGAGCAACAAGGUAGAGUUCAUUCUGUCGGUGGCCGGCUCCAUCAUCGGCCUGGGCAACAUGUGGCGCUUCCCGUACCUCUGCUACAAGAACGGAGGAGGGGCUUUCCUCAUCCCGUACCUGAUCUUCCUGUUCACCUGUGGCGUUCCCGUCUUCUUCCUGGAGACCGCACUGGGUCAGUUCACCAGUCAGGGAGGCAUCACCUGCUGGAGAAAAGUCAGUCCUCUGUUCGAAGGUGAGGAUCACAGCAGAAAGACCGCCACGAGCCAAAUUUUGACAGAUUACUGCAAGUUUUUUUGUUUUAAUCGUGCAGGUCUUGGUUAUGGCACCCAGGUGAUUGUGACCCUGCUGAACUUCUAUUACAUCAUUGUUCUGGCCUGGGGCAUUUUCUACCUCUACUUCUCCUUUUCCGGGGACCUGGCCUGGUCGUCCUGCAACAACACGUGGAACACGGAAAACUGUGUUGAGUUCCAGAGGAGAAACACCACCGUCAACGAAACGAUCCUCCGUAAUGCCACCUCUCCGGUCAUGGAGUUCUGGGAGUGA